CUGCCGGGUUGGGUACGUACCGCAGAACCGCUCCGAGUGCGUGCGACCUUGCCCAGCGCGAGCCGCCCGCCGGCCAGCCCACGCAGACCCGGUUUGGAUCCAGGCCUCGGCGCGUCCGGGGUUCGGUGACCCCGCGGGACUCCCGGGAUCAUCCGCGAGAAGCGUGCCCGGGUCGACUCGCCGGCGAGCUGGGUAUCGGAGCCGCGGACCCGUGGCGCAGGGUGCUGGUCUUCGAGGUCGCCGGUGGACUGCGCUCGGGGUCCGCUCGGUGACCGGAGGCACCUCCAGCACGCAAAAUCCGGAACUUGGUUCUGGGGGACUUCAAUACCACUCGUGGAUCCGGGGCCAAACGGCGACCGGUCCACUCGACACCCGGGUGAAGGUACCGCAGGCUGUUGAUUCUGCGGGAUCGUCGGACCGGUUCUCAGGCGGACGCUGCACCGGUCCCCGAGCUCGAGUGGAGACGCCGAUGGAGUGGUGACUCGGUGGUUCGAAAGUGCCCCGAACCCGGCACCAGUCCAUGUCGCCUCGGUAGUGCCGGUGCCGAUCCAGCGUGGUCCAGUGGAAAUCGGUGCGAGUCCCCGCGAAUCUGUGUGAACGGGUGCGUUCGGUGCGACACGGACACCCGGGAUCCGGGUCGCAUCCGUUGGUAAUUGGAUACCCCCGACGCCACGGUGCCCCAUCGGCGCGACAAGUGCCGAGCUGCAUCCUGUGGACCCGUAUGACCAGGUAUCCGUACCUGCCGGGACCCUAACGGUGAUCUAAGUCCGUUCGUUGUCUCGAGCGAGGGUCCAUCUCUUAUAGGCAGGGAAGAUCCUGAAGGAUGAUCGUCAGGAGUGCCUCCGCCUUAUGACUCGGGCGGAUUCCGCGUCUGCGGUGUUGGUGCGGACCCUAUAGUCGGAAGAUGCCUCGCGCCUCUUAGCGGGCAGCCGUGAAAUAUGUUAGCACGCAGCAUCCCAAGUUUCCGUGACAUGACGAAGAGAUAGUGCUAGGUGCCAGCCGGAGCGAGCGAGCGAGACCGAGCAAAGGAUUUCGGAAGACGCGAAAGACCGACCAUGCCGGGGCUGAGAACGAGGGGGUUGCGACUCCUGGCCGAGACCGUGGCCAAGGGGCCGUUUGUCGGCGACAACACCAGGUCGUACGUGGGGCUCUGGGCGAACUCUAUCUUCAUCGUCUGGUGUAUAUUGACGAUAGUCGAAGAAGCCGCUGCCAGGGGGGGAAAUUCAUCCCGGUCGUACGCGGGGACGACGACACCGAGGACGUCCAGCACUACGGAAAUGGUAUAUCAGCGAUUCGCGAUCGAGCCGAUGGAUCAGACCGCGGUUAUUGGCAGCGAAGUGACGCUUCCUUGUCGGGUCCUCGAUCAGAAGGGCCCGAUACAAUGGACCAAGGAUGAUUUCGGAUUGGGCGCUGUCAGGAACCUCACCGGCUACGAGAGGUACUCCAUGAUUGGCAGCGACGAGGAAGGUGACUUCUCCCUGAGGAUCCACCCGGUAGAGCUGGAGGACGACGGGGUGUACCAGUGCCAGGCGUCGCCGACGAACGACGGGCAGCCGAGUCUGCGCUCGAGAUUCGCGAGACUGAGCGUCCUGGUACCUCCGCAGCCUCCGAAGAUCGUCCAGGGGGACUCUCUCAUUACCACGGAGGAUCGGGUGCUGGUGAUGGAGUGCGUCAGUGUCGCGGGCAAGCCGCCAGCGGAGAUCACCUGGAUAGACGGCCUGGGGAACGUCCUGCACAAGGGCAUCGAGACCAAGCACGAGAAGUUCGAGGCGAGUCCGCUAUUCACGGUGCGCUCCAUCCUGACGAUGAUGCCGAGGAAGGAGCACCACAACACCACCUUCACUUGCCAGAGCCAGAACUCCGCGGACCGCACCCCUCAGAACGUCAAAAUCCUCGUCCAGGUACGAUACGCCCCUAAGGUGUCUCUGAGAAUACCCACCAGUUUCUCGGAGAGGGUCCGAAAAAAUGGCCGAAUCGUCGAAGGGACCGAACUCAGAUUCAAGUGUCGAGCCGAAGCCAAUCCGCCGGAUAUCGAAUAUAGGUGGUACAUCAACGACAAAAAGGUAAUCGGAGAUUACAAGGACGAGAUGAUAAUCCACAAUGCAACUCGCGAGUACCACGACGCGAACGUGAAGUGCGAAGUGCGCAAUGACGUCGGCAAGAGUGAGGAGACAGAGACUCUGGACAUUACGUACGGGCCGCAAUUUCGCCACCAGCCCAUGUCCGUAGAAACGAACUACGGAGCGACGGAAAUUCUGCAAUGCGACGUGGACGGCAACCCAACGCCGGAAAUACUUUGGAUCCACGAAGAGACGGAUAGAAUAGUCGCAACCAGUCCAAACAUCAGCGUAAUAGUCAGGCCGGAAACCGCUGGUCGCUACUAUUGCAAAGCCCACGUUCCCGGUUUUCCAGAAUUGACGGGAUACGCAAAUAUCUACAUCCGAGCUCCGCCCAGUAUCGUCUCUCAAAGGACGCAAUACGUUCCAGACGAAGGUGUCGUAAAGGUAAAGUGCACUGCCAUCUCCGUGCCAAAAGCUGAUUCCGUAGUGUGGAGCUUCGAAGGACACCCUCUCAACUUCUCGACGAACAACACCCCCUUCCUGGUGCAGGACGAGCACACCCCUGAGAAGGUGGUCAGCACGGUGACACUUUUAGAGCCGAUAUCCACCUACUUCGGGGAUUACAAUUGCACGGUGACCAACAGCUACGGGACGGACUCGGUCAUCAUCAAGCUUACGACGCACACGUUGAUUCCAGUCGAUUGGCAACUUAUCCUGAUCAUCGUCGGCCUGGUGGUAUGCGUCAUCCUGAUCGGCGUGAUCAUAAUACUCAUCCUACAUUGUCGGGACCGAAUUAAGCAGCCCAGGCCGAGACCUCCGCAGACCCAGGAGAACGACAUGCAGGAGACAGACUCGAAUGCCGACCGCUACCGGGAGAGCGAUCGCAGCAGCAACCUGUCGGACGUUAAGGCCGACAUCAGGGCCGGGUCCAGCGUGAGCAACGCGGAAAGCGUCGCAGCCCUCGACAGCGAAGGCGAGGGCAGCACCAAGGGAGUUACGGCUCUCGCUCUAGCAGGGCCCGUUCACAAUUCCCUCGGCUACCGCUACAGUGCCGAGUACACCGAGCCUUCGUUCCCGCCCAAGAACAGCGACGGGAGCAACAACAACGGCUACGUGCCGUACGUGGAUUACGCGCGGGAUUACACGCCCCCUGCGACGCACGGCGUGGGGGCGUCCAGGGAAUCCCUCAGCCACAUUCCUCCGGGAGCACUUCUGGGCCCGAAGAAGAGCGGCUCGACGAAUUCGGGAUGUGCGACUCCGCAGACGAUGCCCGCCAUCGACCCCCGAUAUUCGGCCGCGUACGGCAAUCCGCACCUCAGGAUGCCGGACCAGCCCUUUGGUCACGGGCCCCAUACCGCCGUACCACAUGUUACGCCGCCACCUCCACCCUACCCCCAAGCCACGAGGCCGAAUAAUUUGAAUAUGUUUAACGGAGCCGGGCCACAGGCGCCUCGUUCUACCCACUAUAUCACCGGAGGGCCUAAUGGCGGCGUCGCGACGGUGAAACGCACCUCGGCGGUCGGCACCCUGGCGACGCAUGUAUGAGACAAGGAGGAGAAUCGCAACUAGAAUCGGCCUCGUC